GCUGCAGUCAGUCAGAGUUACUGUAGACUCGAACACCUCAGGAUGCGCUACAGCAGCACACGUGCCGGCGCUCGCGGCCGCAGCUUCAGAGACGCGCUGUUCUCCGGAUACGCUCCCGACGGAGGGAUGUUCAUGCCGGAGAACAUCCCGAUGCUGAGCGCUGAGACCCUGAGCACCUGGAGGAGCCUGUCCUAUCAGCAGCUCCUGUGUGAGAUCUGCAGUCUCUACAUCCCUGAGCAGGAGAUCCCCAGAACACACCUGCAGGAGCUCAUUGCACGAGCGCUGUCGAGCUUCUCCGUCCCGGAUGCGGUGCGACUGGUUCAUCUGAAGGAUUCUCUCUCCAUCCUGGAACUGUUCCAUGGAGAGACUCUGGCGUUUAAGGAUCUGGCCAUGACCUGCACCGCUCAGUUCCUGCAGUACUUCUUACGCAGAGACGGCCAACGGGCCACAAUACUUGUAGGAACGUCCGGCGACACGGGCGGCUCGGCCAUCAGAAGCGUGCUGGGUCUCAGUGAAGUGGACAUCGUGGUGGUGUUUCCCCGCGGACGGGUCACCAGAGUCCAGGAGCUCCAGAUGACCACCAGCGCCGCAGACAACGUCCAUGUGUUCGCAGCGGACGGGACGUCUGACGACAUUGACGUGGCUCUGAGGAAGCUCUUUGCGGACCCAGAGCUGGUUCGACGGCACGGCCUCAUGAGCCUGAACUCUGUGAACUGGAGCCGGAUCCUGGUUCAGACGGCUCACUUUCUGUUCGCGUUCCUUCGGCUCAGUGGUGGAGACGGAGAAGACUCGCGGGCCGAGCUGGAGGUGCUGGUGCCCACAGGAGGAGCCGGGAACAUCACCGCGGGAUUCAUCAUGAAGCUGAUGGGAAUCCCUCUCCGGCUCGUUGCCAUGGUGAACUCCAAUGACAUCGUCCACCGCGCCGUCCAGAGUGCAGACUUCUCAAUGGCAGACGCCGUCCAGCAAACCCUGGCUCCGGCCAUCGACAUCCAGGACCCGUAUAACAUGGAGCGUGUGUUCUGGCUGCUGUCGGGUAGAGAUGGUGCGCUGGUGAAGAGUUUGAUGGAGGAGUUUCAGCAGACGCACACACUCACUCUCCCGGCGUCGCUCCAUCAGCAGUUGUGUGAAGUGUUGUCGUCGGGGUCGGUGUCUGAUGACGGGAUCCUGGAGACGAUGAGGAGAUGCUGGCAGGAGAAUCACUAUCUCCUCUGUCCUCACACCGCUGUGGGCGUGUGGAGACACUAUCACUGUCCCAUCAUCACACCGGGACAACACAGAUGUUGCAUAGCGACCGCAUCACCGGCCAAGUUUCAGGAGGCCGUGCACCAGGCCGGGUUGACCCUUGACCUCCCUGAAGCAGUGCUAGCGCUAGACGCGCUGGAGUCGCGGUACGAGGUUCUGGAGCGAUCGGACGACUGGGAGUCGAGACUGAGACGCCACAUCGAGUCCAUCGGAGACCGGAGGAAGUGAAGCAGAUCUGCACACACACACACACA